CGGUCACCGAAUCGUUGCGAAAUGUAAUUACGAAGGAUCAAUUUAGCGACGUUCAUAACAUGGUCUAUCAAACAAAUGUCUAGAUAGACGAUCGACUUAGCGUAUUUCCACAGGAGUGCUAGCAGUGGGUUCGUUGGUGUGGAGGGGGAGGGAUAGGUACUUUGCUAUCUAUUUAUAAUUAUAUCCGGGAAAUGUUCCUAAGAGUGAACGCGUCUAUUUAAACUCGGCUACAAAGUUGAAGUAAUCAUACCCCUGUCUGUUUGUGCUAUUCCUCUUCGGGCUGAUUUGUUGCUUUUUAUUUGACACAGUUCAACAUCAGUGCAUUAUUUUUUAUAAAUUAUUAAGUUAAACAGAUUUUUGUGUGAUUUUUGAAAGACUUUUUUUUCAGGUGACAAUGUUCAGACUUUGUGUAUUUAUUAUUGUGUUAAUCACUCAGGAAAUUAGGAUCACAAAUGCAUUUGGUGAGUGCUUGAACGUAGUGACUCUGGAUGGUGUACGAACAUUGGCUCAUGGGCAAAAAGUCUGUGCGCCCCCGAGAAAUGGAGAGAAUGAACUGGGGAUUCGUUAUCUGACCUGCAUCCAUGGCUCUGUUUCCAUCACGACCUGCCAUCCGUCACUCAGAUUUGACAUUGUGACGGGAGUGUGUAACUGGCCACAGUAUGCCUCGUGUUCAACUGCAGAAAUACUAAGUACUACAGCACAAAGGCCGGCAAUUACAACUCAGAAACGGCAAAGUACGACAACCCCAAAGCCAUCUAUUACAACAACACAGAAAGCACAAACUGUACGAAAUCAGAGCCCUGAAAUCUCAACCAGUGGCCUGUGUUCUGCAAACAACUGCAGGCUGCCAAAAUGUUUCUGCUCUGGAAGUCAGCCUAACUUACCUGUCUCGGACACGCCCCAAUUUCUUAUGCUCACGUUCGAUGACGCCGUGACACCACAACUAUACGAGAACUACUUUAAGAGUCUGCUAGUUGACAACGCUUAUCGCAUUUUCAACCCGUCUGGAUGCACCAUUAGGUCCGCCUUCUAUGUGUCCCAUGAGAACACAGAUUACAGUAAAGUGUUGAGGUUGUGGCAAUCUGGACAUGAGAUUGCGUCACACACAAUACAUCACAAUCUACCUACGGGAGACAGUCAGAAGGACUAUCCUGAAAUGGCAGCAGAGAUCGAUGGACUGCGACAAGAAGUGUUCAAAGCCUUGGGUAAUAAGACUCUAGUGGAUUCCAUCAACGGCUUCCGGGCUCCGUAUCUCAGGGUAGCCCACGAUGUCCAGUACGACGUUCUACGUGACUACAACUUCCUGUACGACACAUCAGUGACCAGUGUAGAGCUGUGGACAGGUCAAACUCCCCUCUGGCCAUUUACUUUAGACUACGUCAUCAAAAGAUGUAACAAUCCCCCAUGUCCGACCAAAUCUUACCCUGGACUGUGGGAAGUGGUCAUGAACGCCUGGAUGGGAGAAAACGAAUUCCCUUGCAGUAUGGUGGACACUUGCUCACUGGCUUCUGGUACGUUGGACACGGCCAAUCAAGCAGCCUGGGAAGCAUUGUACAACAAAAACUUUGCCCUGUUCAACAAAGCUAAAAUCCCAAUGCCUUUCUUUACUCACGGCUCAAUGUUCCUGCGGUCCCCGAGCUCCUACACGGCUCUGGUCAGUUGGUUGAAGAGUCUGCAGACAGAACGCUCGGAUGUCUGGGUGGUUACCCCACAGCAAGUGAUACAGUGGAUGAAGAACCCGAUGACCAAUAAUGAGAUGAAAGCACAAAGAUGGGGCUGUUAGGUCAAUGUUGUCAACUAUAGAUGUUUGGAAAGACCGGAGGUAUCUUGUGUGGACAUGUAAUUUUCGUAUAAAUGGGAAAAAAAUCAUAAAUAAAUAAAAGUUAUUAUUUCGAUAUUUUCCUUACCUCGACAUUCUAAAAAAUGAUCAUAAACUAUUCUUUUACCUUAAAAAUUGCUGGCUCUGGAAAAUGUUAAUUCUAAAUUAUGUCACUUCUGAUUUAUUUGUUAUUUUAAAGUUAUAUGUUACUUCAAAAUUAUGUUACUUCAAAAUCAUGUUAUUUCUAAAUUAGAUGUUGCUUCGAAAUUAAAAGUUACUUUUAGAUUAUCUAUUGUUACUUCCAAAUUGAAUUACUUAACUGGGUGUAUAUAUGUAGCUGAUGUUUUAUGCUAAAUCUGAGUUUCUUUUGAGUUUCUAUAAAAAUGUCUUUUGUUGUCAUUUACUACUGUCUUUAUCAAUCAAUACAAACAUUUAAAUACUUCACAUUAAGUACAACUGUACUGUGAUGAAAUGUUUUUUAUUAUUAUUAUUUAUUGUUAUGAAUUAGAGCAAUGGCUGGAUUGUUCUCUAAACUUCUUAAGGUAAGUUUGUUAAUUGACUCUUUAGAUGACCAAGCCAGUUUCUUUUUCAGUUUGAUCACGUAUUAGUUGGUUUAGAAACAACCCCCAGGUGUCAUUGGUCAUCAUCAUUGCCCUCUAUGGUGUAUUUCUAGUAAUAGAAUUGGAGCUGAUGAUGAGUUCUAGUUGUAUAUAGGUAUAAGGAACGAGUCUCCAGUUAACUGAACAGUAGAAUAGAAACAUUGGCAUAUUGUUGGAUCUUUUUUCGUCGAGUCUUGGGAUACGACAAACCAAUGACUUUACAGAAUCUAAUCAUUGGUUAACAUGCCUGACGCGUAGGUAUUAGUAAUCUUCUUUUUUGAAGUAGCGUCUGUAUUUUAUAGAUCAUAGUAAGAGGACAAUAUAGAGAAGUUCCUACUUUAUGUUUAAAUAAUAAAGAAAGACUGUUUAAACCAUGCAAAGGGAUGUUAAUGAUGCUCAUAAUAAGAAAAAAUACGAAUUAAUAGUUAGUUCCCCUGAGCGCCUUCCAUAGAUGGAAUUAAGAGCUGUAUUAACGGUAAAUAACACAUUUUUAUGAAUUCACUAAUUUAUUCGGUGAUCUUUCUGAACUUUCUGUAAUAAAAUGUGUUGUCACGCAGCACCAGCUAAUUUAUGGCAUUUCAUCUCGACUGGAUAAAGAAAACAUUUCCAAAUAAAUGGUUCAUGGUAUGACAAUAAUGAGUGGAAAAAAAUGGUUUUAAGCGCGUCCAACAAAAUGUUUUGAAUUGUCAAAAUAAAACAUGUCAUUGUAGAUUUAAAAUAACAAGCAAGAAAAAUAUACAAAAAGACCUUUUUAAAAAACACAGUACCCGUUUAUACAACUUCUAGAGCGAUUAUUUUGCUAAUAAUUAAUGAAUGUUUGAUUUAAAAAAAAAAAGGAACAUGUUUUACCCCGCUGCUUUCCCCCACCCUACCCCCUAGAAAAAAAAAUCCUGGUUAAGCGAAUAUACAAAUCUACUGCACUUUAUAAUAUUCUAACAAUAGGCCUUUAGAUCUAGAUUGAGAAGAAGUUGCGCAAAAUGUUCUUGAUUAAUAUAAUUCAAACAUGUGCUAAAAAAAAAACAAACGCGCACGGUCUGUUCAACAGAAAUAUGUUCUCGUUCUCUAAUCAAAUUUAAAUUGAUUUCUUUCUAAACUUUAACAAUUGGUAACGGUCUUUCCAGUGUGGCCAACUGGAUCAUAUUUUUUCCAUCAGCUGUCAAAGUUCUAGGAAAAUCGUUAGAGCCGUUUUCGAGAUCUGUGUCUAGGUUCCACGCACCCAUCCAGGUUCCAUGAAGUUAUGAGCUGAAUAGAGGUAUUGUAAAAAUAUGUAAAUAUAACAUUUACUAUAUUUUUUUAUGUCUCAUUUUAACAAUGUCGUGUCUCAAUUAGGCUACUCCCGAAUUACCUACUGCACAGAAAGCAAAAUGUUUUGUUGAUUCUGUUACGUGUUGACAAUUAGUUAUUUAUUCUUGAUUGUUACAAUUGGAAGAGAUAUGAAUAAACUAUUUAUGAUUUGAAACAAA